AGGUAAAAAAACUUGACCCAAACAUUGUUCGGAUUCAGCACAAGCCAGGUCGGAUUGCCAGGCCAGACUUUCACUUUCAAACCCAAAGCCACUCUCCUCCUUUUCCCUUUUUUGGAUGUUACCCUUUUAACUUCAAAGUUGAAAAGAAGCGAAGCAGCAGCUGCGAUCCACCCAGAGACCGAGGACCGGUUAUCCUGUCACGCAACCCAUUGAUUUAACAAAUCUAGAGUUACAGAUAGAAGUGAUCUUCCAUGAGAUGAAGAGGGAUAAGAGUGAAUAACCCUUAUAUUUGAUCGUUGACUCUUUUAGAACUCGUGAUAGAGGUCUCAUGUCUUUGUGUUUUUGUUUGCAGCCCUCGUACAUAGUCCAAGAGAUUUGGAACAAAAUCAACCUUGCAUCUUUCUAGGGCAACGCCAAGUACUUUUGCUGCAACAAAGGAGGGUGGUCUCAGGAGGAUUCCAGACGAGCAGAAUCUGGUACCCAACUCUCCCUCGUUGUGUCCCUCAUUCUCUCUCCCCCUUGCUUUGUUUCUCACCUCCUCUACCCUUUCGUUCCUCCUACUCUCUCUUCGACAUUCAAACUGCCAGAAAAGUGAGGAAGGGGAGAAAAUAUCUGUACGGUUUUAAAAACAACAACAGCAAUGCAAUUUCUUCAAUCUUUUGUUUACUUCCCAAUUCGAUUUCUCAGAAUCAAUCACAAUCACUACCAAAACCAAACCUCCAUAGCUAAGCAUCUCCUUUACUAUGACAUCACAUGCUUUAGACAUAUGUCACAAUCCACUUCAAUCCCCAAGAAACAGCAGAGAGUAAGAGACCAUGGAUAUGAUAACUACAUGGAAGUCUAUAAGAAGAUCCGCAAGGUCCUCAAGUUCCAGGAUCUCAUCCUCAGUCAACCAAACCAUACCAUCUGUAUGUCCCGUCUCGACAUUUUAGCUCGCCGCUUCGACUUCAAACAGUAUGAGGCUGGUGCGUUCAUCCUCAAAUUCCCCCAUGUCUUUGAAAUCUACGAACACCCGGUUCAGAGAAUCCUCUAUUGUCGUCUCACCCGGAAGGCCACCCUUCAAAUUGAGCAAGAAAAUCAAGCCCUUCAGGCCCAAAUCCCAGAUGCCACUAUCCGUCUCCGCAAGUUGCUUAUGUUGUCGAAAACAGGUCGCCUUCGCCUUGAACAUAUACGGAUUGCACGCCUUGAUUUUGGUCUUCCUGAAGACUUUGAGUUCUCUGUAAUUCUCAAGAAUCCACAGUUCUUCCGGUUGUUUGAUGCGGAAGAGACUCGGUCUAAGUAUGUUGAGGUAGUUAACAGAGACCCCAGUUUGGCCGUUUGUGCAAUUGGGAAGCUAAGGGAGAAAGAAUAUAGAGAAAGAGGUAUUGAUGCUGAAAACAUUAGGUUUUCCUUCAUUGUUAAUUUCCCUCCUGGGUUUAAGAUUGGUAAAUACUAUAAAAUUGCGGUUUGGAAGUGGCAACGGCUUCCGUACUGGUCACCAUACGAGGAUGUAUCAGGUCAUGAUCUCCGUUCACUUGAAGCACAAAAGCGUAUGGAGAAGAGGGCCAUCGCAACAAUUCAUGAGUUACUGUCAUUGACAGUUGAGAAGAAGCUUACUCUUGAGAGGAUUGCACAUUUUAGGUUGGCCAUGGACAUGCCCAAGAAGCUGAAGGAAUUUCUGCUUCAACAUCAAGGGAUCUUUUAUAUUUCAACAAGAGGGAAUCAUGGUAAGCUUCAUACAGUUUUUCUUCGGGAGGCAUACCAGAAAGGUGAAUUGAUAGAACCAAAUGAAUUGUAUUUGGCAAGGAGAAAAUUGGCUGAGUUGAUUUUGUUGAGCCCUAGGAAAGCAGCUGUGGAUCUGGAUUUAUUUGAGUCUGGCAGGGAUAGAGAGGAUAAUGGAAGGAGGGAAAUCGGAAGAGAUGGUGUUCAGAAUAGUCAUGUAGGCUUUAUGUUUGAACAUAAGUUGGGGAUGGAUGGAGGGCAGGAAGAGGACUCAAGCUUAGAAACUGGUACAUUGGGAAUUGAUGGAGAGAAAGAAGAGGACUUGGGCUCAGAAACUGGAGGAGAUUCUGAUUUUACUGGUGAAGAAAGUGAUCUUGUUGAAACUUCAGAUGAAGAUGAUGUUCAUUGUUGAAAAUGAAUGAUUCAUUGAGAUAAUUUGAUGGUGUUUGGACCUUUGCAAUACUUAAUCUAUAAUCCUUGGGCUCCCUCAUCCUUUCAGAGCCUCCAGGUAGAGCUUGAAGCAAGCAGUACUUGGUUGACUAUUCCUGACAAGGCACGAUUGGGAGCCCCAGCUGCGCUCUCUUCAGAUCCGUUCUUUAAGCUAGUCAUAAUUCAGCUUCUUGCUGGAGCAGAAGAAAGGUCUGUUGAAAUAUUUAAUAAUGGAGAGGUAUUGGAUCAAAGUGUUUCAGAUGGGACCUUAUUUGUUGGGGAAACAUUUUCUCGCAUCCGUCGACGUGGAUUUGCAGGUGAUCUUAGAUAAACUGAAAUAUUUGAAAUGCCUUCUAGAUUGUGCAAGGUCCUGUCUCCAUGACAAGUUCUCUGUUUUUAUUGUCAAAGUCUGAAAAUUUUGGCAAUGAUUAUGAAACUGCUCUUCUUGUCAAUUUAAAUAAUGAGAGAUAAAAUGUUCGAAACGUGCCAUCUAUAUAUAGACUCAUGUUUUUUCUAUUUGUCUCUUCUCGUCUCUUUUUUCUGAGGGUAUGCCAUUCUCUACAGUAUUCAAGCUCCAAAACGUCUUCUUGUCAUAUAAGGGCUAUCAAUCUUCAUAUUUAAAUAUUUUAAUCAUUUGCUUAGGUUGAUAUCGCUGAUUAUAACUAUAAUAUCCAUUGUUGCAAUUAUCUAAUAUGAGAUUCAUUAUUAAUUAUUCUAAAAAGUUAUGAUGGCACAUAUUUUUGUAACCAUUAAACUUAGAACUGAACAGAAAACCGCUUAUUUUAAUCCUUCAUUCUUGCAGAGCAACAGAUCCUGAUUACACACCAUUAUUUGCUUAUUUUUUACUUGGUUUCACAUUUUCUUUUCCAAAAAAACUUAGUUUUGGCUUGGCCAGGCUGCAGGAUUGAUUUUUAAUCAGUCCUUGAUGAAGAAAUUUUUUAUGCUACUUAAUUGUCUACAAACCUACCAUGAUUGGAAGCCAAGGGUGAAAGGAGGAAUAGAGAAGAAACUGAAAUGGGGUUAUGCUUUCAAGAAAUUUCUGUAGCAUUUUUUUUUUUUUUGGCCAGGGUUGGGGCCCGGGUGGAGAGGGGCUGGGUAAUGGGGCACACACUAAGUCCAUUAUAGUUGAGAUCAGUUUCAUUUGUUGGGAUUUGUGUGCUCUUUGUCGGUUGGAGCAAUUUUUAGGUACAUGACACAACUACCCACAUGUAAGGGUUAUUUUGGUAAUUUUAUUGCAAUUUGAUGAUAUUAACCUUUCGUUGGAGUUAUUAGGAGAUUGAGUCAAAUUCCAAGUUUAUUUUCAGUUUCAGUUUAAGAAUCCAAUUAGGAUUUUUUUUAUUUAAUUUUUCUUAUAUAUGUCACUAGUCACCAAGAUAUACAUUGGAUUUGAAUGAAUGUAAUUUUGGCUGUAUGCUGCUGUAAGAGACGAAUGUUUGGUUCGACUGUUUCUGUCUUCUCUUUCUCUUGUUUGAUUCUUUUCCCCUUCAUCUUCCUGUCUCAGGUUUGAUUUCUCUCUUUGCCUUCUUUUCUAUUCUUCUUCCUCUUCUUUUCUUCUGUUUCCUCUUCUAUUCUUUCGGUUAGUACCUUCACUAGAGAUACUCUGUUCUGGUGUGGGUUCUGGGAACUACAAGAGUCCGGUUAGUACCUUUACUAGAGAUAAUCUGUUCUGGUGUGGGUUCUGGGAACCACAAGAACAGAAACAAUCUCUCUUCAUUCCUGUUUUCUUUUACCUGAGAUAUUGUGAUACAGUUCAAGGAAGAAAACAGUUUCAUUUUGGAGUUUCUAUUUCUGUGUAAUCUUUAGUAUUAGCUUAGAUUUUCUUUGUUUUUUGUACUUGCUAUUUUGUUUAAUAGUCUGAGUUUGCUUUUUGUACAAGUCUCAAUAUUCUUUGUAAGGAACUUUCUGUUUUUCUUUAUUUAUAGCAACUAUCACUAUAUAUGUAAUGGAUCAUUGAGAGUCCUCCCUAUGAUUUGAUGAAGAUUUGAGUUUAUGGCUUUUGUCAAUGGCUGUGUGAAACAGUGGGGUGAGAGGCCUUGAGGUGAAGAUGCCUAGGAGUGAGUGAGAAACUCUACAACUAUUCUUCCUUUUAUCCUCCCAAUCGAUACUGCUGUUUCUAUUUACUGUUCUGAGAUUUUCUUCGCAUCUGGAAUCCAAUCGAAGGCUCCGUGUUGCUGCUGGAGUUAUUGUUUGGCUUUUAGAAGAGUGCUUGUUGCUGCUUCAUCAGUUGCUGACUGGAGAAGACUAGAAUAUACCCUGCAGUUCAGCAUCGCUGGUGUUUCUUGCUAAAACCUUCAAGACCACGAAACUGAAGAUCCAUUCAUCAACGAGAAUCCAUAUUUUGACAUCCAGGUACACUCACAGCUCCCUUCAAUGGUUGAGGCUGAUCUGACGGCUAGGUUUGUCUAUGCUAGUUAAGUUACAAAUUCUGGACCAUAGUUUCUACUUCUGAGAUUCAUUGAUAUCUCAGCCUCUAGCCAUGAAUUUCGGCUCAAAGUUGACUCUUCUACAGGAACCUGUAAAAUCACCAUGAGAAGAUGCAUGUACAUUGUUCAUCUGCUGCCAACAACUAUAUAUCACUCGAAAACACUACCAAUAGUUAUCAUGCAUUGCCACAUGAGUCCGGAAACUUCUUCAACACUGUCAAGCUGCCAAGUGUCCUGAACUCACUGCCAAGUAAUUGUCUUCUACUGUGAGCUCUACCAGAUCAUUUGUGACCACUGCCAUAUCACUCUGAACAUUCUGCCACUGCUACAUCACUUUGCCUGGGGUAUUGCUUUGGUGACUCAGACUGCACCACGUAGACAACAAUGACAAGUUGACAAAUCUCAUGCAUUGUGUGUACAAUAGCAUGGAGAUUUGGCUUUGGUCAUUAAGUAAAUGAUUCAGAACAAGAUAGUUCAUGGAGGCCUGCACACAUUAUUUGGAGAGCAAGAUCUUUUGUAACCAAACGAACACCUUGUUCAUUUUGUGACCUAGAUCUAAUAACUCCAGUGCAGAUUCAUUGGUGAGAAUGGGGCUGGGAGAGAAAUAUUAUACAGGCUGAUUUGAAGAAAGCUUUGAGAGUUGAUAGGUCCGUUGUAAUUAAGAGUGUCAAUUCGGUACGGUACCGGUAUUUGGUAUGGUAUCAGUACGGUACAGGGCAUAUAUACCCCAUCAUGAUGCCGUACCAAUAGUGGUUCAGUACAGGAACCUCAUACUGAUACUGUACCAAAUCUGUUUGGUUUGGUAUUCGGUAUGGUAUCGGUACAAUAUGGUGUGUUUUUAAGUCAUAUCCCAUACCCAUACCCAUACCGAUACCGUACCGAAUAGUGUCUUGGUAUAGGAACCUCAUAGGCUCAUACUGAUCCCGUACCGAAUUAAUUCUGUUUGGUUCGAUAUGGUUUCGGUCUUGGUUUUCGGUUUUCGGUUUUCGGUUUUUGGUACAGGUUGACACCCUUGGCUGUAAUCCAAUUGUUUAUGUUCUUAUAAUUGUUAUAUUUCUUGUACACUUUCUUUCUUUGGGACAUUACUCGUUAAAUUUUUUGUUAUGAUUUAAUAAAGAGAUUGUUCACACACACACACUCUCUUUCUCUUUCCCAUUUUCAUUUUUGAUCACUUUUUUAAUAAUAGUAUAUGUAAUUUUCCCCUUGAACAGGAUCCACUUCCACAUUUUCUUGUUACCCUGAAGCAGAUAUCUUAACUUCCACUGAUCAGUUGAUGCCGACAGUUGUUGAUGACAGGUUGGAAAACUGGCGAGAAGCUCUAUUUGGAGGGGAUAGGGAAGUGGGUGUGAAAGGUGCCAUUACCAAGACAUUCUCCUAAGCUACCCAAUGACAAAAAACUUUCGGAAAGUGGCCAAAGAGGGAACUUUCAGACACUCUCCCCAACUGUAUGGACAACCGCACAAUGCCUUAGAUCUGUGGGUUCUCAUUGCUGACUAUGCAGACACAGAGGCUUAUUUUUCAUUCACCUAGAUGACGGAUCUCUUUAACUCUUCUUCCUUUAGAGUACUGUAUGGCCUAACUGCUUGGUUCAUAAGGAUGAAGCCAUCCUAGUAGUUGUGCUUCACUCUGACCCAUGUUUUCAAGUGUUAUGAAAUAAGUCGCAUCCUUCCAGCUUUUGCAAGAUUUUCCACAAUCACUCCAUUAAUUUUAUUCCUCAAAAUACUAUCAAAAAUAAAUAAAUAAAUUUAGUCAGUUUUGCUUUUC